AAAUAAUUGAUGGACACUGGUUCUUAAGACAUUACAACUUUAGAGAAGUUUAUGGCCAGUUCCGAUUAAGAUAGAAAAGAUUUUCUACCUUCGGCUUCGAGUAAAGUCGGCUACUAAAUUUUGGUUACCAUGGCUAUGCACAAACUCUUUUUGGUCGUUUCUUUGUUUUUAGCUAUAGGAUGUUGCAACGAUAAUUUGGAGCUGGAUCAUACAAAUAAUUACAGAAAAAGUCUAAAUUGCUUUAAAUUAAAUUCGGUCUCUGAAGGGCAUCAAGAGCUAGAAGCCUUAACCUAUUCUAAACUUAUCAAAGCAAGUUCGUUUCAUUCCUUAAACCUAAGUGACUGUAACAUAUCUACUAUCAAGGGGAAAUCAUUUAUAGGUUUUAAAACGUUGAAGUGCUCAGAUUUAUCUAAUAAUUCAAUAACUUUGGUUUUUGGCAAAAACUUUCAUCUUUUAUCAAAUUUAAAAAGUGUUUUAAACAGUAGUGAACUUUUUAUGAUACCUGAAGAAGCAUUUAGCCAAUUGAUAGAGAAUUUGUAUUUGAGGUCGAACAGUAUAGACUAUAUCUGUAUUCGCUCUUUUAGCGGACUCCUUUCUAUUCGCCAAAUAGACUUAGUUAUUAAUCCCGUCGAUAGUCUCCCAUCUUUGACGUUUGAUUCUCGGACUUUAAAUAAAUUAAUCAGUAUAAUUGCUAAGGCAUUCUGUUGUUGUAUUACAACUCUACAUGAGAAAGUAGGACUUUUCGCAAAGUAUAAAACCUGCGAAAGUAAAGAAGUUGCUUGUACACAAUUUAUAAAGGGGUCUCCUGAAAAAAUUGAGAAGGUUACGGACAAAGGAAACGGUAGUAAUGAGAAUUUAACUGAAAUUAUUGAUAACUCUAUUAAAAGUCAUAUUAUACAUAACCAAAACGAAAAAGAGUCUGUAGGAGAUGAAGAGCCGCCCCGCUUCGCUAUACCUCUAACUUUGAUACUAAUUGUUAUCAUGUUUAUAACGGUUUUUGGAACCACUUUUCUUCUAAGAUGGGCGAAUUUUGGAGACGUUGCAAGUCCGGUUCUGGAUAACUUAUUGCUACAUCCGAUCGUUCUCACAACCCUAAAAGCUUGGAAGCUGUGGGAGAAAGGGGGAGUUUACUUGAAGGCGAGUUGCAAGGAGACGUCCACAGGUUUAAACACGUUAAAUCUUCAAAGACUGGAAAGAAGAGCCGCGUCGGUGAAAAAUGAACCCACGACCUUGGAUGUGCGCUUCGUUGCUCUCAACCGCUGA